AUGAAACACAGCGAGAAGCGUCUCAAGGCUUCCAAAGAAUUGGUGGAUUUCAUGAAGCUUUCAAAGGACAACAUGGCUCAAGAACCAUCGAGUUCUAAGGUGGUUGAUUCACCCAAUUUUUACGCUAAAGGUGAUGAUGAGAAUAAUAAUGCAAAGACUUUUUCAUGCAACUAUUGCAAGAGGGAAUUCUCUUCAUCACAAGCUUUGGGAGGACACCAAAACGCUCAUAAACAAGAACGUGCCCUAGCGAAACGUCGUCAAGGGUUUGAUGAUGGUGGUUUUGGGCACUACCCUUAUUAUCCUUAUCCAACUUUUUACAACUCUCAUUCCCUUUAUGGAGGGUCUUUCAAUAGGGCACUUGGAGUUCGGACAGAUUCCAUGAUUCACAAGCAUUCUUGGACUCCACGGUAUGAUCACACUUGGCUAAAGAAGAAUCCUCAUGGGGUGUCAAGUUCUUCAUUAUUUGAUGGGUUUGGAAUUAUGAAAGGUGAUGCAAGUGCGGGUUUAAGGCCAGAAUAUGGUAAUGCCAAUGUUGGAACACUGUCUCUUUUUGAAAAGGGUUUCACCAAUUCAUCAAGUCAAAUCGAGACCACACCAACAGUCGCAGCAAGAAUUGAUGCUCAUCCUUCCAUGCCACAAGAAACAUCCAAAGAAGCAUCUCUCAAUCUUGAUUUGUCACUUAAGCUUUAA